UAGAGCUCUUCAAAGUGGAGAUUUUAGUAGAAAAAUGGCCGAAAUUUUCCGAACAAUCUCCCAAGAAAGUCGAAUAAUUCCGCAGUUAAAAUGGUUUCAGAGGGGUCAAGAAUAGAAAUUUUACUGCAGUUUAGACAACACAGGAGCUUUACCCAGGAACGAGGUCGAAUCUCUAGUCUUCCAACCACUAGCUGGAUCACUCCUUUACAUUAUCUCCCCACUGAGCGUGCUGAUUUACUCUCACAAGGGCUUGGUCAUGAUUACCGCAGUGGCUCUACUCUCAAUGAUGGGUACACGGAUGGAACCAACUCUGUGUCAGAUACAUAUAUCUCAGGUUCCAUACAGGAGCCAUAUACGGAGAGACCGAUAUCGUUCAAAGAUUUCUAUUAUAAACAGUAUCUGUCUGUGCAAGAUCAGACCCCUCACACAGAGCCCCAACCGACCUAUACAAGCAGGAGCUCCAACCAUGGUGGAUACUUAAGUGCAAUGGGAGGCCUCCAGGGAAGUGACCCUGAACUCCCCGCCUACAGUUCCACGAUGCAUAAUGAUCGUAAUCAGACUUUAGAAGCUCCAAACCCUUUGAGUCUACUCUCUAGUGUCUCGCUUCAAGUGGAUCGACCAACAAAGCAAUCUACAACUGACAGUCAUAAUUACAUUGAUACACAUAGUGUUUUCACAGGGGAUAAACGCUCUGAUGUUACUCAAGGCUUACCCUUAGUAUUCAGUCUUCCAACCAGCUCUAAGCACCAAGAACCUCCCAUCCUCGCAGGGAAUCUAUUUUCCCCUGGCCAAACAUUUUACUCAGAUGUUCAACAUAAUGACCCACUAGAAAGAGAACGUAAUGAUGCACUUACUGAUACUGCUUUAGAUCUGAUUUCAACAUACGAGCGCAGAAAUGAACCAAUUAACAUGAGUUUAGAUUCAGGCUAUUACACAAACAUUAAAUCCCUAGAUCUGAUGAGUGCACCUUACUCAGAGAAACGUCCCCAAGGUCAGCUUGACAUUUACGAACAACUGAAGGGCCUGGAUGUACAAUUAUUAUUAAAACAAAAACCUGACUUGGCAAGAAGUCUACUCAAUGAUCUGCCAAGUCCAAAUUUUCUUCAGCACAGCCCACUUCUUCCAUUAGAUAAGAAUCUACUCUCAAAGCCACUCGAUAUUAAUGCUUCAAAUUCAUUUAUGUCGCCAAAAUCUAUUAAUGUACCUAGUCAGGACUUUGGUGCUAGUGACUCUGAUUCUGACCAGGAGGACACAAAAACUGGAGUAGUCGAACCAAAGGAGUCGUUAAACAUUGCAGAGACAGUAGCUGAUGUGGUCUCUAUGUUAGAAAAUGAACAAUCUCAAAUUCUGAAUGCAAAACCGAAUAACUUGAACAGUGUGUCAACUGCUCAUUUACAUGAACAAUCACAAAUUCUCAGCAAUUCAAAACCAAAUAUAAACUUGCCAACUACUCACCUACAUGUUAAGACACCCCAGAAUGAUCUAUAUGGAGAGUAUAUUAACAUUAAACGUAAAGCUCAGUUGAGAGCUGAGGCUAGCAAAGCCAGAGACUUGCAGAUUGAGCUUGAUCAACGCAAUAUCAAUCAGGCUCAUACUGUUGAACAUAAUCUCAUUGAUCAUAAUAUGCAUGUUGAACACAAUGGACUUGAUAAUUCAGGGCUGGCCACACCAAAUGUGGAACAUCCAAAUAGAAUUGACAAUUCAGGGCUGGAUGCAACAAAUGUGGAACAUCCAAACAGAAUAAGCAAUUCAGGGCUAAAUGCAACAAAUGUGGAACAUCCAAAUAGAAUUGACAAUUCAGUGUUGGCCGUAACAAAUGUUGAACAAACAAAUAGAAUUAACAAUUCAGAGCUGGCUGCAACAAACCUUGUACACCCAAAUAGAAUUGAUAAUUCAGGGUUUGCUGCAGUGGCAAUGGAGAACUUAACUACAGUUCAUCCUAUGGGGUUCGAAGACAAGCCAAGUUUGAUACCACAUAUUCGACAGGCUUUGAGCAAUUUUAGUAAUUCUGACAUGCCAAUGACAAUCGAAUCUCCCCCUCCAGAAUAUGUUUAUGCAACUCAUGCACCACCAAAAUCUGAACCCUCUGAGGAUGGUGUCAAAUCUUGUCUUCCACCACCAUCGUGCCUUCUUGUCCCUCCUCUGCCCCAUCCACCACCAUCAACCCCAGAGCCACGUUCAAGUACGCCAAAGAACCCUCCAUCAAAGGAUUUAUCGAAUCAAUGCCAACAUUGCCAGAAGAUGUUUAGUCAACGAGGAAAUCUUGAGAAACACAUCCGGGCCGUGCAUCUGGGUGCCCGACCUUUCGAGUGUGAUAUCUGCGGGAAAGCUUUCGGUUACAAACAUGCAAUGAUAAAACAUAAAGUGUGCCAUACUAAUGAAAAGCCAUUCAGCUGUGAAGAAUGUGGGAGAAGUUUUAGACGUUUAGACACCUUGGUACAGCAUAGACAGACUCAUCUUGAUGAUAAAGACAAGAAAUAUACUUGCCCAGUGUGCUCGAGAAAAUUCACUCAAAUUGGUGGGCUGACACAGCAUGUCUCUACCCACACUGGAGUAAAGAAAUACAAAUGUGAUCUUUGUCCACGGCAGUUUGGUCAACGUCGUCACCUUCGGGACCAUUCCUGGGUGCAUACUGGCACUAAGCCUUAUAUAUGUGAGAUUUGUGGAAAAACAUAUGCUCAGAAAGAUCGUAAGACGCUCCAUAUGAAGGAACACGAGGGGAAGGUUUACAAUUGUCAUAUAUGUGAAAAGCAGUUCCAUUCAGAAGCGAAAUUAAAGGUACAUACGCGAAACCAUAACAAACCCUUCCCUUGUACUGUAUGCGACUUUCGAUUUACCCAAAGGUCACAUCUCAAUACACACAUGAAGAAGCAUGCAGAAAAGUCGGUUAUCGUUUGUGAGUUAUGUGAGGAAUCAUUUCUGACUGUCCAAGGAUUAACUCAGCAUACCCAGCGAGCUCAUGGUGAGAAAAGUGUCAAUUCAAAAUUGUUUAAUUGUAAGUUAUGUUCUAAGGGGUUCACUAGGAAGACAGUUCUCUACGCCCAUAAUAGAAAAGUCCAUCCAGAAAGUGCGCCUCAGUAUAGCUGUAAUGAGUGUGAUCUUGACUUCAAAUCUCGUAAAGAAUUGAACACGCAUAUGAAAUCUCAUUUUGAAAACUACAAAUGUGAACUUUGUAAGAAGAAAUUCAAAUUGGAGUCUAGAUUAAUAAGGCAUGUGUGUAGUUCAUCAAAAGCUGAAAAUAAUCAAACAAGGGAAUUGAACAAUGGGGAUCAGGAAGACGAUACAUCUGCUGGUGCAGUUGAUCUGACGAUGCAAUCCAAGCUAAAGCCUAAACGAAAGAGGCGAAGAAAUGUGCCAAACAAAGAUCUGAUUAAAACAAAAGAUAUAUCAGAAUCUGAAAGCAAUGUUACAGUGUCACCAAAAGUAAAUGGUAUAAAUGCAAUAAAACCUAAUGAGUAUGCAGAUGUUACAGUAUGUGAAGAGGCUCCUCAUAAUACAAUGGAUCUUGAGGCUAUAACUGAUAUUUCUGAUGAUGAGCAAUCUACAAAUGCGGAUGAUGAUACGCCAACAAAGGACAAUCUCAAUAAUACAAAUGGUGCCAUACAUAAAGAAUCAACUGCUAAAACAUUUGAUUGUGAAAAUAAUGUAAGAGAAGCUAAGAAAAGGAAAGAAAUUGAAGGUCCAGUUAAUGGUAUUUACAAAAAAAUGAAGAAAAACAAAGGAAAAAAUGGUGUAACCAUGAAUCAUGUGACCUAACCUACGAAUUUAGUAUAAAAAUAAAACUUCUUACGUGUUAGGUUUUUUGAGGUUUUCAAAAAUAAACCAAAUAUGAAUGAAAAAAAUGUUUUCAUCAUCUGUCAGACUGCAAAGACAAUUAUGUUUUGAGGUGGUUAAAGCCAAAAAGGUAUAAAAAUGAGUUGAAAUGAUGUGUUCUUCAUGUUACAUGUAUACACUGCUGAAUUAUUUGUGUCCAAUUAAUCAAUACCCAUCCAUCAGAAUCUCUUCAUGUCACAAUCGGAAUGAAUUGUUCCAACAAACAAGAAUAUACACUCCCCAUU